CUCAGUACCUCAAACAAUAUAAACAAAAACAUGAACCAGAUUUCAGAAUCAUCAAAAGGUAGAAAACGCCUUCGCGAAGAAGAAGAAGAAGUGAUUGGAACUGAAACUAGCGAUACUGAUCCAACUCCAUCGCUCGAGGAAAGUCUCACAUUUAGUGAUACGUUGGUAGCGCUGCGGAUAAUACGAGCUCAAUUUCCCCACAUUGACAAGGUCUCAAUUCAACCCUUUAUUUUGCGUUCACAAUUGUAUAGCUGUGUGAAGGACAGAACUCAAGUAGAUAGAGAAUUAGAGUCUCUGAGGAGAGAGAAACUGUUGCGUGUUUUCAAAUUGAACACCGGACAAGAUGAUCAUGCCAUAAUGUUUUUGGAUGACUACAUGAGCCAGAUAGAACGUGUUGUGAAAAGAAUGAAAGAGAAGAAGCAAAGUGGUCUUGAAGUUUUUGAGUGGUUUAGAACUCAUGUUAUUGAUGUCAAGCUGGAACCUAGUAUCGACCAUCAAGAGCUUUGUGGACUCUUAUCGCAUGGUGGCAAGUUGAAGGAUGAACAAAUCUCCCUUUUGAUCAAUGCUGGCCUCCUUACUCGCCAGCUGAUUGACCCAAACAUGUACUGGUUUGCAGUUCCAAAUAUUGGUUCAGUACUCAAGGGCCUUUCUCAGGGUAGAAAGGAGCUCCUAUCCCUUUUAAAUCGCAGGAGAUACAAAGAAAUGAUGUUGGCCAAUCUAGAGAAGAAGCGUCUUCGACUGUCAACCCUUGAUAUUAGAUUUCACCUCCGUGACCUGAUUGGUUCGGGUCACCUCAAAACUGUCAAUACACCAACUGGCUUAAUUGUUCGGGUUUCAAAAGAUUAGAACUCAUGAAAUCCAACCUCAAGUGGAUCCAUAUAAGUUUUGUCAAUCACCAGCAGCAGGAUAGCUGCGAGAAUGAAGUAUGCAUUCACAAGCGUUGACAUAAACAUGUGCAAGAUGGUGUGGAUCUCUACUCUAUCGGUCUCUAUUUCCAGCCUUGUGUUAUCUGUAGCAUGACUUUUUGAUCAUUUAUUGAAUCACUGUAAGUUAUUUUAAUGGUAAUCUUCUACUAUUCUUGUAAUAAUGUGGGUUGCGUGAAGUCUGCUAAUCAUCUGAUUUAACAAUUUGAUUCUCCAGCGGCGAGUAAUCAUUUUUAUCUCAUUGUUAUGAAAGUUGUAAGAGCUGCCAUAAUCUACUGUCAAUUUUUUUUCUUUCUUUUGGUUAGAAAACAUAUGGUCUCAAAUGUACAUUUUCAUCUACUUUGUUAUUUUUAUAUACUGUUAGCCCAGGA